CGCGGCUCGGGGAGCCCUCGGUGCUCGCAGGGACCGACUCCGCCUCCGCUGACCCCCCCCCGGGUGCUGUCCGGCACUCGCUCCGCUAAUUCCUUGCUGCCUGCGGGGACCGGCCGGGUCUCUGUGAGCUCCCGGCUGCACCCAAGGAGCGGCCCGGCCCCGCUGAGCUCUCGGUGCCCGGCAUGGGGCUGCUGACCCAGCUCGUCCGCGGGCUGGUGCGCGGCGCCGACCGCAUGUCGCCGUUCACCAGCAAGCGCGGCCCCCGGAGCCACAACAAGGGCCGCGGUGCCAAGAAGCUGGGCGUGCUCACCCGCAACAAGAAGUUCCUCCUCGUCAAGGAGAUGGUGCCCGAGUUCGUCGUGCCCGACCUGACGGGUUUCAAGCUGCGGCCCUACGUGUCGUACCGCGCCCCCGAGGGCUCCGAGCCGCCCGUGACGGCCAAGCAGCUCUUCGACGAGCUGGUGGCUCCGCGCAUCGAGAAGGACGUGAAGGACGGCACAUUCGACCCCAACAACCUGCAGAAGUACGGCUUCGAGCCCACGCAGGAGGGCAAGCUCUUCCAGCUCUUCCCCAAGAACUACGUGCGGUAGGGAGCGGGCAGUGACACCGCCGGCCAGCACAGGACAUUAAAGCAAAUCCUUCUACCUUGUUCUUCUGUAAUAUCUGAUUGAAAUCCUGGGGGAAAUCUGUGGUUUGAUUUCCCAUCCAUGACUGGUUAUUCCUCUGGGAGACAGUUGUGCCUGGUGAGCAGAGCCCUCUCUGGGGGUUCUGAGGGUGAGGGGGUUCAUGACGUUUCUAAAUACAAAGUACUGCAAAGUUUAAGAAUUAAACUUUAAAAAUUAAAU